GCGGUGGGGGGUGCGGACAAAGGGACCCUGCGCACCUCCCACGCCGGCCCCCGCGCGCCCCGGCCGGCCACAUCUGGAAUUCAUUCCCGCCGCCGCCGGAAAGGGGAGGAGAGCAGGGCGGGGCCAGCGGGGGGCCGAGGCGGCGCCUCUCCCCGCCCCCCAUCCGUCGCCGGUCCCCAGCCCCGGGACGCAGCGGAGGCCGGCAGGCACCCCCAGCCGCGGCCGUCCCGGGGACGCCGGAGCCCAAGGCCCCCCUCCAGCCAGGGCAGGGACCCGGGCCGGCCGAGCCAGCGCUGACAGCCCCAUGGCCCCGGCUGGCCGCUGAGCCCCACCAUGGGCACCCCGUACUCCGAGUACCUGAACCCCGGCAAGGUCCAGGAACACUACAACUACACGAAGGAGACGCUGGACACUCAGGACACGCUGUCCCGCCAGGUGGCCUCGGCGCUCAUCAUUGUCCUGUGCAGCGCCAUCGUGCUGGAGAAUCUGCUGGUGCUGAUCGCUGUGGGCCGGAACAGCAAAUUCCACUCAGCCAUGUACCUGUUCCUGGGGAACCUGGCUGCCUCGGACCUGCUGGCCGGCGUGGCCUUCGUGGCCAACACCUUGCUGUCGGGGCCUGUGACGCUGGGGCUCACGCCCAUGCAGUGGUUCCUGCGCGAGGGCUCUGCCUUCAUCACGCUGUCCGCCUCGGUCUUCAGCCUGUUGGCCAUCGCCAUCGAGCGGCACGUGGCCAUCGCCAAAGUCAAACUGUACGGGAGCGACAAGAGCUGCCGCAUGCUCCUGCUCAUCGGGGCCUCGUGGCUCAUCUCGCUGGCCCUGGGCGGGCUCCCCAUCCUGGGCUGGAACUGCCUGGGCCACCUGGAGGCGUGCUCCACCGUGCUGCCGCUGUACGCCAAGCAGUACGUGCUCUGCGUCGUCAGCAUCUUCUCCGUCAUCCUGCUGGCCAUCGUGGCGCUCUACGUGCGCAUCUACUGCGUGGUGCGCUCCAGCCACGCCGAGCGCUCCGGCCACGCCGACGUGGCCGCCCCGCAGACGCUGGCGCUGCUCAAGACGGUCACCAUCGUGCUGGGCGUCUUCAUCGUGUGCUGGCUGCCGGCUUUCAGCAUCCUGCUCCUGGACUACGCCUGCCCCGUGCGCGCCUGCCCCGUGCUCUACAAGGCGCACUACUUCUUCGCCUUCGCCACGCUCAACUCGCUGCUCAACCCCGUCAUCUACACGUGGCGCAGCCGGGACCUGCGGCGGGAGGUGCUGCGGCCGCUGCGGUGCUGGGCGCGCGCCGUGGGGGCGCAGGGACGGCGCGGGCGGAACCCGGGCCAGCGGCUCCUGCCGCUGCGCAGCUCCAGCUCCCUGGAGAGGGGCACGCACAUGCCCACAUCGCCCACGUUGCUGGAGGACAAUACUGUGGUCUGAGGGGGGUCCCCGGUUGAGUGGACCCGGUGGUAGGCAUCUGCCUCCCCUCCCCCAUGGCGGGGCGUUUUCGUGGCCACGCACCCAGUUCCACCCCUUGGUGGAGCUUGGCUCAAAUGCUUUGGACCCGGGUCAGCAGGCUGAAGCAUGGGCCCCCCCCUCAGUGUGCAGCCUGAUGGGGACGGGGCCCCCAGAACUGGGUCCUGGUGAGGCCUGUGGGGGGGGGACCCAGACAAAGGGGCCGAGAGAGGGCAGGCAGGAGGGACAUUAAGGGUGAAACCAAGUCACCACAUUUCACCCUCCAUCCUGCACCCACUUGCCCCUGUGGAAAUCGACUCCUCUGCCACCUUUUCCCAUUUAACCUGGAGCCACAAUUCCCUGGGGGAGCCCCAACACCCCCACCCCUGAGCCCCAACCCACAGUUCCUGAGACACCCCCCCCAGCUUCCAGCUUCCCUUUCAUAUCGCCAGCCGUCAUCGGUGUCUUCUUCCCUUUCCUCUUGCUCCACCAGCUGCCGGCAAACCGCAAGGCGGUGUGUGUGGAGGGGGGAGCUGAACCCUGUUCUCAGACCUCAUUGGCCAAUUGCACUAUUUGGGGCACAGAAGCAUCACCCAGGGCUGGAAAAACCGGUCCCCACCGCUGGGGAGGGCUCAGGCCUCCAGCUGGAGCCGGUGGAACUUGACAGAGUUCUUGUUGGGGGAUCAGGUGGGGGGGGAGCCAUUCACAUAGGAAGCCCCCCAAAAGCGGCCCCCAGCCUCCUCGGUCCUCUCGCCCCCAGACAGGUCCCCCCAGCAGGCAUCCUGCACCCUCACCACGUGCCUCCUUUCAAGUUGUAUUGAAAAUGAAGCAUGGGGGUGGGGGCAUCGGGGACCCCCACGGGAUGCCCCCCAGCCUCCCCGAGCCCCCAUCCAUCGCCGGGCGAUGUCCUGUGGAUCCACGUACGGUACAAACAACUAUUUAUGUGUGUCUGUGUCUGUGAGUCUGUGUGUGUGGGUAUUACUGGGGUUCUGCCCCUACACCCCCAACAGUACCCCCAAAACCCAAACGGAUGCUGUUGUGUCUUCUUAUGUCUGUGUUGCCAAAGGAGGUUCGCCGGGGGCGGGGGGUGGGGGGAAAUUCCUUUCCAGUGGCCCAUCACCCCGCCAGAGAGCUGAGUGUCGCCCACCUCGGCUCAGCAC